AUGUCGUUCAGAGGACGCGGAAGAGGAGGAGAUCGAGGAGGUCGAGGUGGUGGCCGUGGAGGCGGAAGAGGUGGUUAUGAUGCCGGCCCACCAGAAGAGGUUGUUGAAGCAGGUUAUUUCACUCAUACUUGUGAACAAGAUAUCGUAUGCAAUAACACUAGCGGCAAAAUUCCAUUCUUUAAUGCUCCAAUUUUUUUUGAAAAUAAGGAACAGAUAGGAAAAGUUGACGAAAUUUUCGGAGGACCAAUGGAUAAUGGCUUCACCGUAACACUUCAAAAUGGUAUCAAGGCUAAAUCUUUCGAAGAAAACCAAAAAAUUUUUAUUGAUCCUUACAAGUUAAUGCCUGUAGAUAGAUUCUUAGGUGGUAAUACCCAAAGAGGAGGCCGUGGUAGAGGAAGAGGUGGAGACAGAGGAGGUGGCCGAGGUGGUCGCGGAGGCUUCGGUGGUGACAGAGGUGGCCGCGGAGGCUUCGGUGGCGGUCGUGGUGGACGAGGUGGAUUCGGAGGUGACAGAGGUGGACGAGGAGGCUUCGGAGGUGACAGAGGUGGUCGCGGAGGCUUCGGAGGCGAUAGAGGUGGACGAGGAGGCUUCGGAGGUGGCCGUGGAGGAGAUCGCGGUGGACGCGGAGGCUUUGGUGGUGAUAGAGGUGGUCGAGGAGGCUUCGGAGGUGGCCGUGGAGGAGAUCGUGGAGGUUUCAAGAGAUCUGGAGGUUUCGGUGAUAAUUCUUUCAACAAGAAGACGAAGUUCGACGAUUAA